UUUCGAACUUGAAUUAGUCACUAUCGAUCGCACAACUGGAGUGGACUCGCCAUGCUCGCUCCGGUAGAUCCUGUAAAGGCGCCAGUUUUCGGCGAUCCAUGGGUGACCAUGGUCACGUUGAGUAGCUAUCUGUUGUUUGUGCUCAAGGUGGGCCCCAAACUCAUGGAGAACCGAAAGCCCUUCCAGUUGACUGGUGUCAUCAGGGUCUACAACAUAUUCCAGAUCCUGUACAAUGGUGUAAUACUCGUUUUGGGAGUUCACUUCCUGUUUGUCCUGAAGACAUACAACAUCAGCUGUAUUGUCAAUCUGCCGAUGGAUCACGAACAUAAAGAUAUGGAGCGUUCGAUAUGCAUUUUGUAUAUGUUUAACAAAUUCGUGGACCUUGUGGAAACGGUUUUCUUUGUGCUCCGCAAGAAGGACAAACAGAUAUCCUUCCUGCACGUCUUUCAUCACUUUGCGAUGGCAUUUUUCGGAUAUCUGUAUUACUUUUUCCACGGAUACGGUGGCGUUGCGUUUCCACAGUGCCUGCUAAACACCGCCGUCCACGUGAUUAUGUACGCCUACUAUUACCUAUCCUCGAUCAGCAAGGAGGUGCAGCGCAGUCUCUGGUGGAAGAAGUACAUCACCAUUGCCCAGCUGGUCCAGUUCGCGAUAAUCAUGAUCCACUGUACCAUCACACUGACGCAGCCCGACUGCGAGGUCAACAGACCCUUGACCUACGGAUGCGGAUUACUGGCUGGGUUCUUUGCCGUGAUUUUCAGCCAAUUUUAUUUCCACACCUACAUAAUGCCAGGCAAGAAGUCAUCGAAACAUUGAGUUCUUUUAAUGAUCUUUAAACUAUGAGUACAAAGCCUAAUGCUUUGAUGUACUUACAUAAAAAAGCACCCCUAAAUAAUUUUGUAUGCUAACCACAAUAGCCUCUGUUUUGUUUCAUCACUUUACCCAUUUUAUAGGAUAAUUAAAUUUAAAAAAAAAAUCGUUUUUUUAACGGCAAACUAUUUUUAUGACAGUCUUAGCACUGCCAUGCAAAGGGUAAAUAUAAAAAUAGCUAAAAAUCGAAUGGAAAAAGGGGGAAUGUAUGUAGGCAUGUGACUGCCGAGGGAACUACACAAUGCACGUUUAAUGUCAUUUAAAACGGCAAUUACUCAGCACGCUCGGUGGCUCGACCAGUUGGAUACUCCAUUCCGAAUGCGCACCGAGGACGAAGGACAAAGGACUAAGGACGAAGGAACCGAAAAGCCAGUGCCAAAGUGGCGACCAGAAGCAGGAACCACUGCACUUGACUGCGGCGGCUUCGCUUUAAUGUUGCUGCAUGGCCGCAAUUAUUCAGCUGGCACUUUGACUCUGAUUCUCUGAUUCGCCGCAUGCGAUUCCUAUGCAAAUUCGUUCGGUCGGUCGGCUACGGGUGACCCUUCCGGUGCCAUAAAUCGCCGGUGGUGCUGGCCAGGCUCGUUCCUAAUAUUCUAAUUAAAAGCAGCAUGGAAUGACCAGGGACGUGCUUGGCACAAAAUCCUGCGGAGCAUGCAGAUCACGUGCAAGGAAUCCCCGCACCAGUACGAGUACUCGAGAUGUGGCCAAUGGGAUUUAUUCCGGACG